GUGCGGUGGUAUGCGUGUAUGAGCGGUCGCUCGAGAAACGGGGAAAAUAAAAAUCUGCUGACGAAAAAUCUUGUUGUUAAAAUCAGCAAAAAACUGUGAAAAAGGGAAACGAAUGGGGCUGAGAAUGGCAAGGCUGGUCUAAAGAAAUCCAUCAUCGUGUGAAUCGAGUGUGGUGCAGCGCGAAAGUGUACGAUAAACCCGUGUUACGGCCAGCCUGCUGUGUGUUGCGUGAAACCACCCCCAGAGUUUGCACCCACCGAAAGGUUAAACGAAAAAAGCAUCGAAACAAAGGCCCCGUGCGUGAAGACUCCACCGCCGGAAAUUGGAAAGUGUGAACUGUGUCGUGAGGCCAGACUGUGCUCCAGAAACAAAUGAAAUCGGUUCUAACGGGUGUCUCGCACCUUCCGCAAAAUCCUGGUCUCUAAUGUAAUAUUAUGGUAUCACGGUUCGAACGCCUAAUGGGGUGCUCCUCGAUCCCGGCAGGAGAAAUUUCGCCCGAGAACGAAGCACAAUGCUCGGGCCGGGGCGAUUGUCUAAACGGCACCUGUCUCUGCGAGAUCCGUUACAGCGGCGAAGAGUGUUCCGGCUUUAAUCUGCCCUAUCAUGCAGGCAUCUCGGCGGUAUUCUACUUCGUCGGAUUUGUGUCACUCGUCCAACUCCUCAUCUGCAUCAUUGCCGAAUACCAGCGGCUGAAACAACCGAGCUUUCUUCGUGCCUGUCGCUUGACCACACAGAAGCUGCUCUACUUUUUUGUCUUUGUCGCUGCGGUACUACGGGGUGCCUACUUCACAACACCGGAAACACUCCAGCCGGCAUGGGUUUCCUAUCUGAUGUCGCUCUACUAUCCGCUUGUGAUGACUUGUGCUUCGCUCGUCGUUUGCCUUUGGGCCGAGAUCUUCCACCUACAGGGCAUCCGCUGGGAGCGAUCGCAGUUCCUCUCGAAGAGUUUUCUCGGCUUUCUGGCAUUCAAUCUUCUCCCGUACAGUCUGUUUCUGGCCGAGAUCGCCUACUCGCAUCUGUUCACCGGUCGGAGCACGUCGUUCUUCAACGGAUGCUACGCAGUCCUGCUGCUGAUCGUGGUGAUAUUCUUCCUCAUCUACGGAGUAGAAGUGUUCUUCAAGGUUCGUGGCGGAUUCGUGUACGAUUUCGGUGUGGUGCCAAAUAGCGAGAAUGUGAACGCUUCCCAGCUGCAUCAGUCGCGGUUUGGAUUGCUGAGCCAGGCGAUCAUGAUGAUAGUGAUCGUCGGUUUUCUCACCUCAGAGACGCUUGGUGAUUUCUGGAAGAAAAAAGUUCCUGUGUAUUCGCGCAACUGGCACGAUAUCGUGUUUCGAUUGGCGGAAGUUGGCGUGGCGCUUUGGUUCCCGUGCUGCCUGUGGAACUCGAUGGCACCGGAGCAGCUAUGGAUACUCAACCCGCGCAAGCUGCUGACGCGUCAGAUCGAUCCAGUAGCACCGGAGUCGACGGAGGCGCCGGCGGAACCGUCUACAUCGGCCACUGCCGAGGAGGGCCAAUCGUUUCUAGCGAAAAAGGAUUGCUGGAUAUGUUAUGAUACGGACAAACCGGAACCGUUGAUUCAACCGUGCAAGUGCAUUGGCGACGUGAGCUCGGUACAUCACGAGUGCUUACGCCGCUGGUUGGUCGAUAGUUGUGCCAACAGUGACGCCGUGCUGAAGUGCAAAGUGUGCGACUCACCGUACGAAAUCGAACGAUCUAAUAGGCUCGACUGGGAGAAGGGUUUCACCAUACAGCACUGGGCCAAGACGAUCAUCAUCGUGACGCUGAUGUGCAUCACGGGUGCGGGCGCUUGGGUUAUCAUCCAGCUGAACGAGGAUUCGUUUGUGCGCGUGCUCGUGGCCGGCUUUGCCAUCAUCAUUGGGUACAUAUUGUUUAAAAUGCUGGGCGAGAACACGGUGACCGCGAUCCAGCGGGCUAAGGUGAGCUCGAUCUAUAUCGUCACCUCCGUUAAUGAUCUGCAAACCUAGAAGAGGAACAGGAGACACACAGGCAGAAACAAUCGUUUGAUGGAUCGAUUGCCGUGCAGAGCAGUAAGCUCAAGUGCAUUAGCACAUUAGUAGCUCAUGAUCGCUGCAGUGUUAUGCGAUCGAGCACAGCAUGUUUACACAUUUUGUACACCCAUCGAUCGCACUUUGUGGGCAGGGAGGAAGUUAUCGUUUUUAACAAUUCAUUUUUGAUCCUUUUCACUAUCUGAACGAGUGCCGUUCAUGCGAAACGGACUCGUUUUUGAUUUGAUUUAGCAAAACAGAAACAGCACCGAAUGUUGAAGGAUAGUCUCACUUGCAAGACUACCACGGUAGACUAGCCAUUGGUUUUGUGUGCGCAUUUUGAAGCAGAAGCAAUAGAUUAAGAGGGCAUUGUGCGGUAAACGAGUAGGAGAAGGUAAAGGUGAUGUAACUAGAAGCAAUAGGAAAGGAUGUAUUCCCUAUUUGCAGACCCAUGCUAACAGAUAUUUACGAUAAAAAGCAGCCUCAUACACUAUAUAUAUUUACAUAAAAACACAUGUAUGUAUAUAUAUAUAUGCAAACAUUUUUUUUUACAAUUGAGGAUAUACUUUGAAGAAGCUCGUCAGAAGGCUAGAUGGUUGCAAAGUCCCACCCAAGCGUUCUCCUUCGUUUGACAUAUCUUAAAUUACGAUAAGCCUCCUUGUCUUACGUUAACCGGCACCUCUAGGCCAACCGAAGAUACUCUUUGUGCCAGUGUGCGUGACCGCUGCGAGUGUUUGCACGGAAUGUGGUUGACGAUUGUGGUCAUGUGCUCAUUGUGCUAUUCUACUUUUUACUUUCUACACAAAGCAAAAUCAAGGGAAACAUUGUUUCGGUAAAAAGGCUUUAAAUGGGAAAAUGGGGUAAAUGACGAUCUUUGCAGCAAAAGCAUGUUUCGAUAUCGUAUCAUUCGAUUGCAUUACCAGAGCAUAGAAUCGACGAACCGGGAAAAACUGCAGGCACCGGCGGGAGCACGUGCACGCACAAACACACAAUAGAGAUCAAAGUGACGGCGGCAACCAGCCGUUUCUGGUUUGGAUUAUUUGGACAUUUUUCUGUGUGGGUGUGUGUAUGAGUGAAUGUGAGUUUGUGUGAGCAGCGUGUAAGCUUUAGCAAGUGAUAUUCAAUUAUGUAGCGCUAGGUUUGACGAUAGGCAUUAGGUAUAAGGUUAAGUCAAACAUCCCCCCCCCCCCCCCCCUC